CUUCUUCAUUGGCUGCUUCCUCCAAUGUCCCUCUAUAAGACCCCAUCAAAAGCAAGCAGGCUCACAGAAAUGAUGAAGAUCUGGUCUUCAUCCCUGCUUUCCUGAAGAGGUCUUCCCUGCCUGUGGGUAGCUCACUGUGGACCUUUGCUUCUGGAAGAGAAACUUUAGGAGAAGCAACUCCUUUUCUACUGUUAGAGAUGAAACUACCUCUCAUCUUAUCACUUCUCCUGUUGGGCACAGUUUCUUCUCUUCAUCUGAAAAAUGAGGCUCUUGAGCUAGAGGCAUCAGAGGGAGAAAAGGCCUUAGCUCAGGAGGUAGAGACUCCAGAGGAAGAGGAUAACUUGACCACAGGGGAUGAGGAAGAAGAUGAUGAAGGGACGGAGGUUGAAGUUGCUGAAGAUGAUAACCUUUGCCCAAAGGAAGAGGAUGUAGUCCAUAUGCUGGGUAGCCCAGGAUGUAAGACCUGCCGGUUCCUGAUUGUUAGAAAGCCAAGGACAUUCAGAAGAGCUCAGAAGAUCUGCAGACGUUGCUAUCGGGGAAAUCUGGUCUCUAUCCACAGCUCCCACACCAACUCCCGCAUCCAGUGUUCAGUUCGUGGAAUUAACCAGGGCCAGAUCUGGAUUGGAGGCAGAAUCAAGGGCAGGCAUCGGAAGAGAUUUUGGUGGGUUGAUGGGAGUAGCUGGACAUUUUCUUACUGGGCAGCAGGCCAACCUGCACGUGGUGGGGGCUGUUGUGUAGCCUUAUGUACUAGAGGGGGCCACUGGCGUCGAGCCCCAUGCAGACGUCGCCUGCCUUUUGCCUGCUCUUACUGAGCUGGUUCCACUGAAGAAUUCAGUCAAGACCUAUGCCAUGAUGCCACUGGAGAGCUUGAUUUGAGGCUUGUCUUUUCCCCUUCCUUUUGUUUCCCUGAAAUAAACCAGAUUUCCUAAAGUUCAAA